AGGUUUGGCUUUCUUUGGAUUUCCUUGUUUCUAAUAAAAGCUUUUUCCUGGCAGAAGGAGGAGAUCUGCAGAGCAUUUUUAAUCUUUUUAUUGUUCCAAGUUUCCAGCUCUCAGCAGAAAAAAGGAUCCUGAUAGCAGAUAGAAGCUUUGUAGAUAGACAGUUUAUAGAUUUCACAGGUCAAGCCCGUUUAUUUUCCCUGACAAACUGUGCCAGGAACUGCUUGCUUAAGACUACUAGGACUAUGGCACUGUAAUAAAACAACACACACACACACACACACCUAUACCUAGACACUUUGAAACCCUCACACAAACUUUGUUCGUAAUAAAGCACCGGACUAGAAAAACAAACACAACUGUACAGAAGCAUAAAAACAUUGGUAAACCUAAAUACACAUUCACAGGCAAACAUUAUACAUACAUACAUACAUACAUACACACACACACACACACACACACACACACACACACACACACACACACACACACACACACACACUGAAUCUGGCUUAUCAAUGCACCUUAUUACUUCCUGACUGACCUUUGUAUAACUGCCUAUUGAUAAAGCAUUAGUCAUGCAUGGGAAUGCAGUGGUACAAACACACACACACACACACAUAUAAAUGUGAACAAUGAGUGAAUGUGUUUAAUUUGUGCGGAAAUGCUUAACUGGGAUUUUCAACUGUUGUGUGUGUAGCUUAGGUUUUGAUUUGUGGCUGUUUCAACAGGGCGCUGCUGCAGUGAUGUAAAAGCACGUCUGUGACCUAAAUGCUUCCAGCUCGUAUCGAUGCUGUUUAACAGAAACAAACAUUAAGGUUAAUGGGAGCGGGGCUGUGAAUCUCUGAGAGUUCACCUUGUGUACACAGGACUUGAUGUCACUUUUAAUGGCAACCUUUAAUAAAGAUUUAUUGGAUUUUCAGUUCACAAACAAGUCCUCGGAGGCAGAGCUGCUCUGCAGGCAGAACACAUCUUUCUGGUCUGGUUUAACCUCACAGAGAGGAGCUGAGGAAGCAGCGGAGUAUCAGCUGAGGACUCCCUGCAUUUAUGGUUACAUGAAUGUCAGCGCUGCAGGCCAGAUGCCGGUGAUGGAGGAGCUUGUCAGUGAGAGUGACAGCAUGCCAAAGCGGAUAGCCCUAAUCUGCUUCCUGUCUCUGGUCAUGCUGAUGAGCGUCCUGGGAAACCUGCUGGUCAUGGUGGCCGUCUGCAAGGACAGACAACUCAGGAAAAUCAAGACCAACUACUUCAUCGUGUCCCUGGCGUUUGCCGACCUGCUCGUCUCGGUGCUGGUGAUGCCGUUUGGUGCCAUCGAGCUGGUCCACCAGCACUGGAUCUACGGGGAGACCUUCUGUCUGGUCCGGACGUCGCUGGACGUCCUGCUGACCACGGCGUCCAUACUGCACCUGUGCUGCAUCGCCCUGGACAGGUACUACGCUAUCUGCUGCCAGCCUCUGGUCUACAGGAACAAAAUGACUCCGAUGCGAGUGGCUCUGAUGAUAGGAGGCUGCUGGGUUAUUCCCACCUUCAUCUCUUUCCUGCCCAUCAUGCAGGGCUGGAACAGCAUCGGCAUCGACCACCUGAUCGAGCAGCGGCGUCACAGCGAGGGCAGUAACUCCACUUCCUGUGUCUUCAUGGUCAACAAGCCAUACGCGCUCACCUGCUCUGUGGUGGCGUUCUACAUCCCUCUGGUCCUCAUGGUGCUGGCCUACCAGAGGAUCUAUGUCACAGCUCGGGCGCACGCCCUGCAGAUCAGCAUGCUGCAGCGGGCGGGAGGAGCCGGUGCAUCGGACUCUGCUGACCACCAGCGUAACCACAGAAUGCGGACAGAGACCAAAGCAGCGAAGACCCUGUGCAUUAUCAUGGGCUGUUUCUGCCUCUGCUGGGCGCCGUUCUUCAUCACGAAUGUGGUGGAUCCCUUUAUAGACUACACAGUGCCGGACCAGCUGUGGGUCGCCUGCCUCUGGCUGGGCUACAUCAACUCCAUGCUGAACCCCAUCCUCUACGCCUUCCUCAACAAGUCUUUUCGCCGUGCCUUCCUCAUCAUCCUGUGCUGUGGGAGGAAGAGGUACCGCAGGCCGUCCAUCCUGGGGUCCGGUGCCGCCUGCACAGCCACGCAGAUCAACGGAUCAUCACAUGUACUCAACGGCUGCUCCUCUGCCUCCAAACUGCUCCUCUGGUUCUGCAACACCAGGCCAGUGCCUGUCUAGCUGCUGUAUGUGUGGAGCCUCUCAAGGCUCUAUCAAGUAUUCUGUCCUUCACAACGGGAGCCACGUGGAGCAGAAGAAGUCACUGCACACAGACAUAGAGUCCCACGAGUCCUGCUUGUGACCAACGACGACUCCUCAGUCACAAAUCCACAAAGACCUCGUCUCAAACACCACAGAGUCGACAAGAAAGCAUACAGCCAGAGCUUAAACCCAACGCAGAUGCUACAAAUUCAGCACGCAGGCUCCAACAACCAGAGCCUGAGUGGGACUUUAAAGGUCCAGGCCUUUGAAUGUGGCAGGGACAUGGUGGGCUGGAAUAAAGACCACUUCCUCUGAUGCUUUAUAUGUCAUGAUAAUUCUCUUAGACUGAGCUGUUCUGGUGGAACUGAAACAGGGCUCAAAUGCGACUCUAGAAGAUCCAGCUACUCUUAAGCACCAGAAGGCUUGGCUGGUCUUUGUUGGAGAGUUUUGCAGCCCGGGAUGUGAAUCAUGACUGGGAGUCAAUAAAGUGAAUUAUGUUGCCAAAGCUAUUUUACAUACAUAGGACCUAUUCCUGAUCAUUAUGAUUCACCCUCUUGUUUUCUAGUACAAUAUCAGAAAGAUGGUUAUAGUUUUUAUAAAGUUGUCCUCUGUAAAGCAAGUCGAAUAUGUUAUGGCAAAUUGAUGUGUUAUUUUCUGGAAAAGAGGCAGAGUUGAGAACAAUUUAUUUUUGGAAACGUCACACUUUUAAUAUCACCUUUCUCAGCCUUGGACACAAAAUUAAAGAACCUCUAUGUGUCCCUGGUUGAAGCUUUACAGCUUUGCAAAAUCCUCACUAAGCUGAAACGAAAAAUAUGGUGGCAAGGCUGCGUUAAAGCCUUGACCUAAACUGUCCAAGUGCAUUAUUAUAGAGAGGCUGCUAGCUCGAACUCUGUGUGCAUUCAACAGGAGUCAGAGGACUAAUACACAAAAACUGACCAUGAAUGAUUCAACAGACAUUGUGAUGGCGUUGGAGCAGUAUGUGCAUUGUGUAAGUGUGUUUUCAUACAAGUGUGAUUCUGUGUGUGUGUGUGUGUGUGUGUGUGUGUGUGUGUGUGUGUGUGUGUGUGUGUGUGUGUGUGUGUGUGUGUGUGUGUGUGUGUGUGUGUGUGUGUGUGUGUGUGUGUGUGUGUGUGAGUGCGUUAAUCUUUGUAUGAAUGAAACCACCUUUUCCCUUCAAACCAUACAGUGCUGACUCCAUCUUGACACUCCAUGUAUUCCCCUCAUUUCUGCUCACCUUGCAGGUCAGGAUAAAGAAUGAACCACUAAUAUUUUCAUUUGUUCAUAUUUAAGAAAGGAGAACACGAAGACUUAAUAUAUUAACUUCUACCUACACUGCAUCCUUUCAUUUUAAAGACUCAAUUAUAGUUGAUGUCCUGUUUUCUUUCUCAUUGUCCAACAGUACUUUUGGCUCACAAACUUUACUUAAUAGCCCUCUCAUUAGACGCUACCUGGGAUUUAUUAAAUGUAUUUUACACGACCUGCCCAGCACCAAUCAGUAGAUUGAAAAGUCAACUCAACUCAAAUGUAUUCAUAAGAUGCAUUAAAAACAAUUAACUUUGACUGAAGCGCCAAACAACCAAGAGAAACAAUUUAAUUGAAAUAAAAUCCUAUUAAAAUAUUCUUAUUAAGAUGAAAUAUGAUAUAUAUUAUAAAAAUAAAUAAAAACAUUACCCACAAGAACAACAAAAACAAAAAAACUAAAAUGUUAGCUUGCUGGAUAAAGUGGUUGGAGAAAUCUGGAGCUUGAUCAUUUUCUCUAAGGAUGUUAAAACCAAAAGAGUAGCUUUUCAUCGCGUCAUUAGAACCACGGUUCAGUUGAUUGAUGAUGUUGCUCUGUGUCUCCUGGAUAUGUAUGUACGCUAGUCGUUGCUAAUGUAUUACCUGUAAAAGCGUCUGAUAGACCAGCCGAUUCAGUAGAGAGAUAAUGUCAGCAGAUCUUUUGUGCGACUCCACAGCGCCACAGAGCUGAAACGAAGCUCCGCUGUCAUUCAUUACACAUUUUUACAUUCAUUUUGAUUCCACAAUAGCACCUCAAAUGUUUCUCAGCAAGCCUCAUUCUGAAAGUUUAACCGGACAUUACAUAAUGUAGAAUGAAUAACUUAAACAUGCAGAAUGGGAACGUUAACUGUUAACUCCCAUGCGAGGCUUAACAUGACAAAAACAUGCUAACCUUUGAGACUUUAGCAAGUUUAUUGAAAACUUUGGUGCGAUACUGAAAUGGCUGUCUGCUUAUUAAAGAACCUCUCAGCACCCAGCUGAGCAACCAUUAAAGCAUGAACUCGAAAAUCAAUUGACUAAAAGAUUUAUUCCAAGAUAAAACCUUGUUACUACCUCCUGUAUAACAGUUUCAUCAUGUUAAAACCCAACAAAGGAUAACUUUCAAACUUUGUAUUAUUCACAAACACAAUCUUAGCUGCCUGGUGACAACCCUGCUUCUCCCAAAUGGUUGAAUUUCCAUGGAUAAAAUUGGGAGCCACUUUUGCAAUAUUAUUUACUUUAAAGCGAGACAUUUUUUUCUAAAGUAAAUUUAAUUUGACAUUUUGGAAACAUAUUGUAGUUUUCCAAGGACAGAAAAGAAAUGUAGACAAACAGUAAGAAAUCAUUUCCUCUAGAGCUAAAGCAGUCACAGACAGAGAAGCAGAACCUCUAAAAAUAUUUGCAUAUGAACAAACAAAGCUCUCUAAAAUCAGAUAAUCAGUUGAGGACACUGUUAAGCACUGAUUCACAGGCACAAAGAAAAAGCCAAAAAAGCUCUGUACAGGCGAGGUAAUUACAAAUCCCUGCCGAGCCGAACCCAUUGACCCAGUUUGAGGUGUCACAGUUCAGAGGAAAAAUCUAAUCCAGGCUGAAACUUCAUCAGUGACACCAUCUCUCAUGUUACUCCAGAUACGUGAAUAAGAGUCUCAAACAUUACAGCUGAGCCAGGACAGAAAGAGGGGACGGUCAGGGGGUUCAGUCAGGGCAUCAAUGAAACCUUAACAUGAACAUGAGUCCACGUCACUUAAAUCAAAAUCUUUACCAUCAGGUUUGAAAAUGUGUCAUUGGAGAUGGUGACAUGAGUUUAUGACACUUGAUGAGUAAUAUUCUGAGUUGAUAUUCUGUACCAAACACGGUCCAACAGAGGUGCCAGAGCUGAAGGCAGACGGUCAUGAAGUCAGCUCAGGGGAGGACGAUGGGUCGCACAAACACUGGACUUUAAUCCAUGAUAACAAGCUCCUGUGAGACUUUAAAUCAAUGCUGACUUAAUUUAAAACCACAAUCUUUUUCUUUACUUAAUGAAGUAGUUUAAGUUAUAAAACAGCUGUUUCACAACAGUAAUCACAAUGUAGCAAUACUUUUUCCUUUCCAACCACACUAUAUGUCAUCAUGAAUUGCGGUUCAGAGCCUGUUGCGGGCGUGAAGUGACUUUUGAUUCCUCUCAGACGUUUGUUUGAGCUUCAUUUUAAUUAUGUUAUAAUAUAUUUAGUUAUAUUUUUUCAUAUGUAUCAAACGCAAUCUAUAUGACCUUAUUAAAUACUGUGAUCUGACAUUAUCGAUUGGACCAUUUGCCAACAACAGAUGUUCUCCAAACUUCAUUUGUCCCUGUCAACUUUUGUUUAUCUCUCCACUUAUUAAGAGGUGUUGUAAAGAAUGUGAUUUAAAAAAAAUCUGAGCUGAGAUUGGGAAACAUGCGCUGAAAUGUCUUUUUCAGAAGAUAUCACAGAGGCUAAAAAUUGUUUCUAUUUUAAUCGAUUAUUGAAGAACAACGUAUGAACACGUCCACAGAAAAGUUUUUGGCUCCAUAGGGUCGCAGAUUUAGCCUUUUUACAAACUGUCACAUUCCCGUUUUCAUCAUCUUUAAACCCUUUAUUUUCUUGUCAAACAAAAAUGUGUUUGUUUGUUAUGCAUUUCUGUUUUCCUUUUAAUUUGUCCAUCUUCUUUAUCCUGUCCGCUGCAGUUUCCAUGACAUCCCUGCAAGCUUGAUGUCAUGGAAACUGCAUGUCAGUUCUUAUGUGAGGAUGUCUGUGCAUGACUGUGUAUGUUUGUUUGCACAUGUGUGUGUAGAUCUGUGUGACUAUUGAAACUUAUUGAACUCAGGCUCGCCCUCUGAUAUGAUAAUGAAUGAGCUGAAAAGAGUAAGCAGUCCAUUUUUGGGGAUAUACCAAACAUCAUCAAGAGAUAUAAAAACAUAAAUCCAUCUGAGAACGCUCCAGUUAGGAUCCAUCUGAGAGAAACCAAGGGUGAUGUCACUCUUUCAGGUAGAUUGAAACUAAGAGAAGACAGAAGGAAACUCUGCUUCCCCAAGUGGAAAUAGAAAUCUUAGUUAGAAAUCUUUAUUUUUAUUGCCUGAACUUCAGAAACAGUCAGAGCAUCCAUCCACCUGUGAAGGAAUUUGGACUCAAGUUAUGUUUGUCGGUUCUCAAACUCCUCGGUUCAGUUGUGGUAUGUGAGCGUGAUGUUUCCAUGAGAUCAUCAGUUAUGCGAUGCACAGUGUUGGCCCUGAAAACAAAGUGAAUGAAGAGAGGUGGUCAAUGGUCAACUGACAGAGAUGGACGAUAUAUAUCUCCCACUGUUCCUUAGAGAAAUAGAAACGUUCACAAAAUAUCUCCUCUGACAUCUGGUUAGCUUCCAAAAUCCUCUAUUUGGAAUCAAAAUAUUCCAAGAUUGUGCAAGAAAACAAUUUGAGAAAAUGUCAAAUCACUUUGUCUUCUGUGUUUUUAUAACUAUCAUGUAGAAAUCUUUGGAUUGUAAUAAAAGCUUUCACACAGGUAUAAGCACAAUAAGCUACACAA